AUGGCGAUCACGAAAAAGCAGCAGAUUCGCGGUGUGCGAAUUUUAUUAACUGUUUUCUAUGGAUUUCUCCUAUCGACUAUCCUUUUCCGUUACAUCAUACACGGAAUCGUCGAAACAAUUCGGCGUCCAACAAAUCCCUAUGCCAUUACCAUGAUCGUCCUUGGUGGUCUCAUUCUCAUUUCAAUCGCCUUAGCUACAUAUGCAACAUGGUUUGACAAUACCACAAUCAUGUUGGUUUCGGGUAUCGUUCUCAUAUGCGUGUUUGUAUUAACACUUGUUUUCGGUAUCAUCCGUAUCAUUAACACAGCACCUCAACGUAGGAUAGAUGCUACACCAAGUGUUUCUCUUGGCGACACAUCGGAUGAUCUCUCUCGAUCAUCGACAUCAGAUAAAACUACAGACACAUAUGCUCUUGCGGAAGAAGUAUCGAAACUAAUCAUUGAAUUAGUUGCCAUUCUAUUUGCUAUUCUCGGUACAUUCGUCCUGUUUCGUUAUGUUAAAAGGAAGUAUGAAGAGGUACAAACAGCAGAGCCGAAAGCAACUUAA